AUAGUUGCUUGAAAAAAUUGAAUUUAAACACCAUAGUCGGGACUGGAAGGUCCCCAAUUGAUUUCUCAGAAAAAUGGCCGACGCAGGAGAGAGAUAUUUAUCGUAUUUCCUGACGAUUUCAAGAAAUAUAUGUACAAGGGACUCAACUGGUUGCCCUUGUACUUUUCUCCUUUAUCAAUAGAUUUGUGUGGAGGGGUUUUCUGGAGCCGAGAAGACGACGAACCCCAACGUCCUUCUACUCUCCCCGACGGCGAUAUUUCCAACUUAAACAAGAAGAUCAGAGAUUUGCUUUCCAAAAUUACGCACGAUGUCUAUUUUGUUGGUUCUCCGGUACUAGUUCAAUUUUGGGCACCCAUAACAACAAAAGAGGGCCGGUCUUUUCUUACAGCUCGAAACCAACCUUUCUCUCUAUUAACACCAUAUAAUAGUCGACUUGCUAUUGACGGACUUUGUGGGUAUAGGAUGAUCUGUAUGGAUUGACAUUGAUUUGGAUGGGGGGAAGACUUGUGAACAACACCUUCCUGCCCGAGUGUUCAUGCAUCAAUGCCGCGAAUCCACUCCUAAUGUGGAGUUUUACUCUAUCACUGAGUAUCCACAGCGUCACGAUGCUCUACGUUGCGGACUCCGACAAUCUUUGGCUUUCCCAGUCUUUGAAUCUUCUACCCAAAGGUGUGUUGGCGUAAUUGAAGUAGUGACACCAGAGGAACACCUUAGAUUACUAAUUUGUCACGACUAUUUUCGGUUCGGAAUAUAUCAAGAUUUUGAGAAGUUUGGUCUGAAAUGUUCAAUUGGAUUUGCUCACGGGCACAUGGAAUUCGAUGAGGAUAAAAGGCGAGACUUGGAUGAAAUCAAGAACGUGUUGAAAAUGGUAUGUGAUGUUCAUGAUGUACCCUUUGCUCAGGCAUGGGUCCCAUGCAAGGUAUGUUGGCCACACAGGGCUCCCAUUGAUGGUGGCAUCCUUCGUGCAAGUUGUUAUUACAAGAAAGAUGACUAUGGUGAAGAUGUAGAUGCUUUUCAUUAUAUCAGUUCUUUGUUUCACUUAAAGAAUGAGGUGGGGGUUGUUGGGAGAGCACUUUUGUCCACUAAUAUGGUAUUCUGCAGGGAUGUAACUCAACUUAGCCUAACUGAGUACCCAUUGGCACACCAUGCACGAAAGGCUGGAUUAAGCGGUUGUUUUGCAAUAUGCUUGGAGAGCAAUUGCAUUGGAAAUGAUGUUUACGUGCUAGAGUUUUUUAUGCCGAUGAGCAACAAUGCCAGUGAAAAUCCACAUACCUCAUUAAGGAAAAUAUUGGAAGCAAUGAAGAAAAAAUUUCGUCGUCUUAGGGUUGCUUCUAGAGAAGAACUUGGGGAAGAAUUACAUAUUGAAGAAAUUAGUAUUCAAAAUGGUGAGAAACUUGAUCCUGUUCAAAUCCCCCAAACCACUAUAUCUUUGCCUCAGUUGGAACUCUCACAAAGUGAAGUUGAGGUAAUGCAAGUGGAUUCAUCAGAUCAACAAUUAGUGAAUGCCAUAAAUACUGGAAGCAGUGUUGGCGGUACAGAAUAUAACAACUUUGCUAUUACUUGUACGCAAAAGAAAAGCACAGUAAAAGUGUCAAAAAAAAAAAAGGCAACAAAUCUGGAGGCAUAGUAAAAACGUCAAAAAGAGAUGGCAACAAUAUCGGAGUUAAAAUUAAAAUUCUACUAGAGGAUAUCCUACAAAAUUCAGAAUUGAGCCUUGAGAAAGCUGCAAAAAGCCUCAAAGUUAGCAAAUCUGCAUUGAAGCGUGUAUGUAGGACUUUUGCUAUAGAGAGGUGGCCACCUCGCAAGAUAAACAAGGUUGGUUGCUCUCAACUUGAUGAAUCUGCCCCGUGUGUUAAUUCUGAUCAUCUGCCUUCUACUCAAUCCUCGGUUACUAUUGUUCACACUGAGCCACAUGAUAAAACGAUGCAAGAUGCCAAUAUUGUGACUAUAAAAGCAAAAUAUGGAGAAGGUAUUACAAUGAAAUUUCAUCUGUCUUUGUCAUCAAGAUUCGUACAGUUGCAGCAAGAAGUGGCUAAAAGGCUAAACUUAAAGGCUGGAACUUAUUAUGUCAAGUAUGAAGAUGAGGACGGUGAGUUGAUUUUAAUAGGUUGCGAUGAGGACUUGCAAGAUUAUAUGUGCGAUUCUAGAUCGCUAGGUAGAAGUUCUAUUGUGGUAUUGCUUGAGCAAAAGUUGCCAAUUACUGAUCAUAAAAAAUAAAAAA